CAAAUGCUGGCUGUUAUAAAGCAACGAGAUAUGGUGUCUGGCCGUCUUACAGACAACAUUGACAGCUUUCUGCUACUUAUGCUUUUUAAAUUUGGAUUGGAUGUAGGGGUCCUUUUUUUAUGUAGCCAGAAGCAGAAAACCUCCUUCUUUAGCCUGUGCAGCCUGUCCAUCAUCUUGGCUGACUUCGUCACUGUGUUUUUAAUAGCAAUCAUGUUGUUUCUCGGGCCUGAAACGUAUCUUGAGUUAAUCUGCUUCCUCUUGGCUAAUGCCUCUGCGAUAUAUGGAGCACUGCCGCUGCCCAUGAUGUGUCUGGGUUUACUGGACUACUGUUUAGAAGAUACCUACCUCGGCAAGCAGAGCUCCUUCCGCAAAUUCCUAAGGAACGCCGUCUCGACAUUGCUGGUGUGGAUUCUAGCUGCCAUUUACUCAUUUAGCUAUGUCGACUUUGAUCUAAAGGUACAGGAUUCUGAGACAGGGAUAAAGGCUCUAGUGUGUGAAGUAGAAGAGUCUAAACUGACUACCUUCCUUUUGGGGAUUUUCUCAGCAUUAAUUUUGGUAUUGCUGCCCUAUUGGUCAAAAAUUCCCAAGUGGGUGAAACAGUCUGAGAGGUUAUUUGAAGCGAGGAAAGAACCAGAGAACCAGACCAGCGACUUGUUGUUCAUGUCAACAAACUGUCUGGAGAAAAAAAGCAUUGAGCAGAAUUAUCUGGAGGAGACCACCUAUCCACCGCCUCUGUGGCUCAGCCUAACACUGGGCUUUGCUAUAUUUUGGAUGCCUUAUCUCGCUCUGUCUGUGGCCUGUCAGUUCUUGGGCUUUGCAAUACCUUCCUACAUUAGUGUUAACCUUCUGUGGUUGGAGUGCACCAACAGUUUACUGCUGGGUGUGGUGUUCUGGGUAAAAAGCAACACGCAAGGGCCAUACAGCCAACUCCCAGAAAACGUGUGCAUGUGGCACAUUUACUGGCAUUUGAACAAAGGAACACAACAGCAGCAACUCCCAGUAGCCGUGUUGAACCCAUCAGACAAGAAGAUACACAUUCUCCUCUGUGUGCAGUAGAAAAAGAAGUCAACAAUAAACCGGUUACAUUAAAUACCUGACAUCCAACAGCAAAUGAAAACCAUGAUACGAGAAAGUAAAUAAAGACUCAAGCUAUAGCUUCUAUGUAGCUUCACCUGUGUAAAUGAUGAGUUAGAUGCUUAAACUGAAGCCUUGAUGCAGACGAGCAUCUUUCACCUCUUCAUCAUUGCAUGCAGAAGAGCUUUUGAGCAAAGAAUUAAACUGCAAAAUGUUUGAUUUGGCAAGAGACUGUGACUGGACUUCAAAAUGUAAUUCUUUAAAGAGUUGAGGAGUAAAGUUUUGUCAUACAUGAUGCUGAAUAACAGUAUGAAAGGUACUUAUUAUUAUAUUAUACCGGCCAAAGAUAAUUCUGGACUUGAGGGAAAUACUAUGUGGACUAUAAAUGCUUCUCAAUAAAUAUAUUUAAUUGUAUUUUUUCUGCCCUUUCCUUAAACACUUAAUGUGUAUUAAUCUAUUUGAGAGGUUCAAAAUGUAUUCUUGACCUUAAUGAUGAUCAUGAAAUAUGAUGUUAAG